GGAUGAAGACAGUCACAACAGCGGUGGUGGUGGUGACCAUGGUGGUGGCGGCGGCGGGCGGUGCAGCAGCCAAGGAAGUCCCACUCGUUGACACAGAAGAAGGUCGCGUUGCUGGCGUCCUGGAGAAAACGUUGAAGGGGCGGGAAUUUUUCUCCUUCUACGGCAUCCCCUUUGCCCAGCCGCCCUUGGAAAAGUUGAGAUUCAAGGACCCCGAAGCCCCGUCAUCGUGGGAGGGCACACGCGACGCCUCGAUCCCUGCCGAGCCCUGCCCCCAAGUCAGCUAUGUAAGCGAAACAGAGGGAGGAAAGGAGAUUUUUGGGAGUGAGGACUGCCUCUACCUCAAUGUGUUUUCUAAUCAGGUGAAAGAAGAAGGCGAAUUGCCGGUAAUGGUAUUUAUCCAUGGAGGUGGAUUUGUUUCUGGCACCAGCGGUGAAUCUGAACCCUACGUCCUCCUGGAUCACGACGUGGUGCUUGUGGUGGUGCAGUACCGUCUUUCCAUCUUUGGUUUCUUGUCGACGGAGGACUCUGUGAUGCCGGGGAACCUGGGCCUCAAGGACCAGACGAUGGCGCUGCAGUGGGUUCAGAGGAACAUCCACCGCUUCGGCGGAGACAAGACAAGGGUCACCAUAUUCGGGGAAAGCGCCGGCGGUGCCUCCGUCCAUUACCAGAUGCUGACGCCGAAAUCUGAAGGUCUCUUUUCCCGAGCCAUUCUGCACUCUGCAUCGGCUCUGUGUCCUUGGGCGCUUAACGCAAAACCACGAGAAGCGGCGCUGCAGGUGGCUGAUUCUCUUGGCUGCCCCACUGACCGAGGUAGCGAGGCCCUCCUCGACUGUCUUCAAGGGCUGGAGGCAUAUGCCUUCGUUCCACUUCAGAUAAACCUCCGGGAGUGGGACAUGCUUCCCUUCACCUUCACCCCGUGGGUAGACGGCGAGUACCUGCCGGAGCACCCCGCCCAGCUAGUCCUUGAGGGCCGCCACGCCCAAGUGGACAUCAUGGCAGGCAGCACCAGGGACGAGGGGGCUUUUUUCACCUUACCUGCUUUACAGACAAGCACUCUCUUUGAGGAACUUCAGAAUAACUUCAGCGUGGCUGGCCCAGCGUCUCUCACCUUAAGUGGCCAGUGCGAAGACCCGGUGGCCGUGGCCCGCCAGGUGUACCUCCACUACUCCGGCACCACCCACGUCACCGAGGCACACGCCGAGAGCCUUAAUAAGGUAAGUGUGACACACACACACACACACACACACGAUCCUGACACCGCCUUUCACUCACCUCCACCUCCAAUCUCAGCAAAAACCUUCCGCUACGAGCUGCAACACUACGGGCAGUACUCUUUCAGCAACCUGCAAUGCCCCUCCUGCGACCGAGAGUGGGUGAACCAUGGGGACGACCUUUUCUACUUGUUCACCCCCGGCCCGCUCCUUGGGCUGCCCUCCGAGCCACCACAAAGCCUGCAGCGCCCUGACGACCUCGCCGUCAGUGACAUCAUGACGACGCUCUGGACCAACUUUGCCACCACAGGCAACCCGACCCCCGACGACUCUCUGGGCUUCAAGUGGGAACCCAGUACAGCGGACAACCUCCACUACCUCUCCCUCACGCCCUCACCCUCCAUGCAGCCCGACAACAGGAAAGAGGUACGCAAGUUUCACAACUCACUUCCCACCACAAAGAAUCUAAUUCUCCACCCCCACCUGGUGAGAAGCGGAGUGAGCAGACAGAAGCCCACCGGAUGUCAUUCAAAGAUAGAGCUGUAAAGCAGAAAAGGUUACUUUUUUUUUUUUUAGGUAUUGAUUGUAGCUUAGCAAUCUUCACCUGUGUCAAAACUUUUGAGUAUAUUAUUUUAAACAAAUGAGUUUGUCCUCCCUAUAUGUUUUUGAUAUCUCAAUUUGUUGUGUUGCAUCAGUAAUUUCCAGCUUUUGUUGUGUAAAUAAAAUCGUCUGGAAAAAUC